GCCCGCAAACGGAUUGGGCUUAAGUAAGAAUCAUUUAAAGCCCAUUUUCCCUCAUAUGUCUGCAAGUACUCGCCUCCGGUCUCGCACGGCUCAUCCCGGCAGCCACCGCCUGCAAAACCUCAAGCCGCCGUGUCGCGAACGCAGCUUAACACCAGCUCCGUUUCGUCCAUAUAAUCUUACAUUCAAGUUCCUCAUUAUCUCUGAUCCAGCACCUGUUUUGGCCUUUUUCUGUGGGUGAAGAUCAAGAUUUGGUAAUGUGAUAAUCUUGGGGCUUAUGAAGAGAAGAUUUAACACAAGCAAAAAUGCUACUUACAAGAAUGAACAGAUUUUGUGGAGUUCUCCUGGUUCCUGGAACGCUAAAUACUGGGUUUAGAUCAAGUUGUUGGCUUCAUUCUUGUUCUGGAACAGAAAGUGAAAUUGAAAACAUUGUCAGAGUGAUUAAUGAUCAUUCUUUUCCUGAUCAGCCACUGCAGCCUACACUUGAGAGAUAUAUUCCUUCCACUGUCUUGUCUCCAUCUUUUGUGGAGAAUGUCCUGGGUCGCUUAUUUGCAGCACAUGCUAAUGGCCUUAAAGCUUAUGAAUUUUUCAAGUUCUGCCUCCUCCAGUCUGGAUAUAACCCUACUGCAGACGCGUUUGAGAAGACGGUUCACAUAUUGACUAGAAUGCGCUACUUUGAUAAAGCUUGGGAGUUGAUGAAGGAAAUCCAGCAGACACAUCCGUCGCUGCUUACUAUUAAGUCGAUGAAUAUCGUGUUGUCAAGAAUAGCGAAAUUCCAGUCCUAUGAAGAUACUCUUGAAGCAUUUGAGAAGAUGGAGAGACAUGUGUUUGUUGGGAAAAAGUUUGGCAUUGAGGAGUUCAACACACUUAUUCGUGCAUUUUGCACUCAGAGGCAGAUGAAAGAAGCUCGUUCAGUCUUCAUUAAGCUUCAUUCUCAGUUUUCUCCAAACACUAAGACGAUGAAUAUUUUGCUGUUAGGGUUCAAGGAAUCGGGGAAUGUAACAGCAGUGGAGUUGUUUUACCAUGAGAUGGUUCGAAGAGGCUUCAGGCCUAACCAUGUAACUUAUAACAUUAGAAUUGACGCUUACUGUAAGAAAGGCUGUCUAGGGGACGCCUUGAGGCUCUUCAGAGAGAUGGAAAGUGUUAAUUGCUCGCCAACGUUGGAAACAAUUACAACCUUGAUUUAUGGAGCAGGGAUUGCUCGGAAUAUAAGUAAAGCGAAAGAGCUGUUCAAUGAAAUUUCCAAGCGAGGUUUACAACCAGAUGUUGGGGCUUAUAAUGCUCUCUUGAGUUCUCUUAUCAGAUCUAGGAAUGUCAAAGCUGCAGCAGCCUUAAUGGAUGAGAUGGAAGAAAACAAUAUUGGGCAUGACCACUUUACUUAUCACUCUAUGUUCUGGGCAUUAAUUAGAUCAAAAGAGAUUCAUGCUGUAUCUCAACUAUACAAGAAGAUGACUGAACGAAAUUUCUUGCCAAAGACACGGAGUGUGGUAAUGUUAAUGAAGUUUUUUUGUGAGAAUCGUAGGCUUGAUCUGGGCCUAAGUUUGUGGAACUACUUGGUCCAUAAAGGGCAGUGUCCACAUAAUCAUGCACUGGACCUUUUGGUUACAGCAUUAUGCUCCCAUGGAAGAGUUGACGAGGCCCUAGAGUGCUCUAAGCAAAUGAUAGAGAGAGAUAGACUUCCGAGCCAACUAGUGCUCCAGAUGUUGAAGAGGAUUUUGUUAGAGUUAGGUGAAUCAGAGAAACUGCAGAAGUUGGAGCAAAUGAUAAAGAAACUACAAAUGCUGUUGCCUCCUUCAAAUGUGCGCCGCGUGAGUUCUGUUGAUUGAUGCUAGGAAACUGAUCUGAGGCAGA